AUGGUAUGCAACGAUAUCAACCUUCCAUCCGGACCCAACGUAUCAUGGACAGACAUGCUCCCACCUAACCAAAAGCCUUCUUCACGCCGCCCAGCCCGCGCACGCUACGGACGCCCUGUCCCACAAGCAACCCCCCGUACGGUAGCCCGCAUCCAAACCAUCCGCUCAACACUACCCUACAUCAAAAUCACUCUCGAAACGCGCUUCCAACUUCAACAAAUCGUCCUAAACAACGGUUCCUACUGUCUCCACUGCACUCCCCGCGGUGUGACAGGUCACUGCGACCCUACAUGCCCCCUCCUUCGUCCCACUGACAAAGAAUUCGUUAGCUACUGGUGCGAAUACGACGACCCCUGGCUCGGUCGCAUAGAAACCGAUGUCGCCGCCUACCAAAAAAUCAUCGAUGAUAUGGAGGCGCGUGGCACGCAGGCUUGUCCGCCCACAGUUGGCAAGUGGGAGUGUGGUGUGGCAAAGCUGAUGGAGGGGUGUUUGGUGACUACAGAGCAGGAGGAGAAGGACGGGUGGCCGGAGAUUGAGAGAAAGGAGUAUGAUGAGCAGCUAUUGGAAAACCAUGCUGCGUGGCGGUUUGAGGAGGCUUGGGGGAAGGGGCCGGAUUGUGAGAUUGGGGUUGCGCCUGAGGAGGUGGCUGGCGCGAAGCGUGAGUUGCCCUAA